UGUGGUGGUUAGAUUCAGACUUCCUGGUUCCUCCGCCCACUUGCUGAUACUUCCUAGUUCACCUGGACAGGUAAACAACAACUCGCAGCAUGAGAGCAGGAAGAAACACGUCGAAGCUGCGGCUUCGGCUCUGAGAUCCGACAUCUGAGGAAAAGUCUUUCCGGGAUACAGCGGCUGUUCGGUUCCUGUUCGGGUCCUGUUUGAUUCCUGUUCGGUUCCUGUUUGAUUCCGGCCGGUGAAGCUAACGCAGAGCUAAAGUUUCUACAUCAACCUGAGUUUCACCUGAACAGCUGCUUUUCUUCGUGAUUCGUGAUUAAUGUCCCUCCUCAUGCUUCCUCCGGAGAACCCGCUCCGCCGAACUCCGUUUACAUUUCUGCAGAUUUAAAGUUUACUUUUGGUUUUCGGCUUCAGGACGAACAGUCCCAACAGAAAACCACCGAGCUCCGUCCACCGUUUAAAGCUGCAGAGACGUUCAGGGACCCGCUGCAGACACAAGAAACUGGUUUCAGGAUGGGGGACGGGAUGAAGACUCAGUUGGUGAGUGCCAUCCAUCUGCAGGAGGUAGAACUGGAGGAGAAGUCUGGAGACAAUGACAAGAACAAGAACAAUAAUGAGGAUCAGACGUUCACGGUGGAGGACGCUGUAGAAACCAUCGGCUUCGGACGAUUCCACAUCCUCCUGUUUGUCAUCAUGGGAAGUUCCAACAUCAUAGAAGCGAUGGAGAUCAUGCUAUUGGCCGUAGUUUCUCCAGAGAUUCGAUGUGAGUGGCGUCUAGACGACUGGCAGGUGGCUCUCGUCUCCACGAUGGUGUUCCUUGGCUUCAUGUUGUGUGGAGUUUUAGGAGGAUAUAUUGCUGACAGAUACGGACGCUGGAAGGUGGUGUUUGGGGGAUUCGCCUGGAGUGCCUACUUUUCUCUGCUCACGUCCUUCGCACCAUCCUAUGGUUGGUUCAUCUUCCUUCGCAGCAUGGUGGGCUGUGGCGUAGCCGGAGUUUCUCAGGGGUUUGUUUUGAAGACAGAGUUCAUCCCUGCAAAGUAUCGAGCUUUGUUACUGCCUCUGGCCUCGAUCUUCUGGAUGACGGGAUCCAUGCUCAUCAUCAUCUUGGGGAUGCUGGUUGUUCCUACUCUGGGCUGGAGGUGGAUGAUCCGGAUCUCCGUCACCCCCAGCAUCAUCCUCCUCUUUCUCUUUAAGUUCAUACCUGAGUCGGCCCGUUACAACGUGUCGGCAGGAAACGUCAAUGCUGCCGUUAAAACGCUGCAGAGGAUCGCCACCAUGAACCGAGCUUCUCUUCCUCCGGGACGCCUGGCAGAGCCGGCCGUGAGGGAACGAGGAAGCUGGAGAACUCUACUCAGUCCAUCCUUCAGGAGGACGUCCCUACUGCUCUGGUUCUCAUGGUUCGUGGCGUCCUUCUCCUACUAUGGUUCAGUUCUGAGCAGUUCUGAGCUACUGGAGAAGAAUUUGUUGUGUGUGACAGACGCUGACCGAGAGCAUCAGGUCAAACACCGCCAUGAGGACGGACUGUGUUACUGCAUCCCCUUCGCUCGCAGCGACUACGAGACGCUGCUCAUCAGCUGCCUGGGAGAGAUCGCCCUGGUCCCAGUCAACAUUGGUCUCCUUAACGUCUUUGGACGGAAGAUGAGUCUGACGGUCCUGCAGCUCAUGGCAGCUGUUUUCUUCAUGUUGGUCAACAUCUGCACCACCAUGUUUGGCUUCACUGUGCUGCUGUUCCUGCUCCGGUCUCUGGUCUCCAUGAACUUUACUGUUGUUUAUAUUUACACAGCUGAGGUGUAUCCCACCGUGGCUCGUUCUCUGGGGAUGGGUUUCUGUACGUCCUUCAGUCGGAUCGGAGGAAUGAUCGCUCCGUUCAUCGCUCAGGUGCUGAUGUCUCAGUCGGUGAUUCUGGCUCUUAGUCCAUUCGCUGUGGCCUGUGUGGUCUGUUCUCUGGGGAACUUCUUUCUGCCGAUAGAAACUAAAGGACGAGCUCUGCUGCAAAGCUCCUGAUGACGUCUCCGGACAAACUGCUGCUGCUUCAGACUUUAUCACUGUUACAUGUGGGAGGGUGUUAAAUAAAUGCUUCUGUCAGAACAUGCUGGCAGACACAGGUCAGAUAAGUUAUAAUCUGAAGUAAUGAUGGAGUUAGUCGAUGGAGCCUGUCUGUUAAUAAAUGUUUUUACCAGAAUUUGAAUCUGAAGACAAUAAGACCUUUGUUGUUAUUCCAUGUUAUUUAAAUGAAAAUUAAAAACAAAUGUGGUGAUGCUUAAAAGUU